AUGUUUUUCCAAGAAAGAAAUUUUGCUUAUGCGUAUGAAAUAUUAGAAUAUUUGAAAAACAAUAAUAGAGAUAGAAAUGGUUUAUACGAUGAAACAAUUUAUAAUUACAUUAAAAACGAUGUCAAAUGUCCAAAAAAUUUAGAUGAAAUAAUAGAAUUAAUAAUCUCACAUCAAUUAGAAUCAUCAACAACCAAGUGUUUCGAUAAACAUUACAAAACCCUUAGAGGAACAUUCCCAAUCAAAACAUUUGGUUCAACCGCUACAAUCUCUGCUUUCCAUUUAGUCUAUGAAGCUGAUGUUAUUGAAAUAUUCUCCAAAUUACAUGGUCCAAAGCAUAGAAAGUCAAAGACUGCUAUGAAUGUAUUCCGUAAAGAGCAUGACUUAUACUUUCCAGGUUUCCAUUCCGCAUUUGAUCAAUUCAUCUCACAUUGCAAUGAUUGUAAUCAAAAGAAACUUAUUUCUAGUGAAAAAAAGAACCAUGUAUCCAAGCAAUUGGAUCUUAUUAAACAACAACUCAAUGACAUAGCUCUUAGACAACAUUUUUUUUCAAAUAUUACACAACAAUUUCAAAACCAUCAUCAACCACAACCACAACCACAACCACAACCACAACCACAACCACAACCACCAAUUAAUGUAUCAAAUGAAUACCAAAAUGAUAUUAAUAAUUCAAUAAUGGUUGAUAAUCUACCAAUUCAACUUCCACAACCAAUUUUGCCACAACAAACUUAUCAACCAAUUCAACAACAACAACCAAUUCAACAACAACAACCAAUUCAACAACAACAACAACAACAACAACAACAACAACAACAACAACAACAACAACAACAACAACCAAUUCAACAACAACAACCAACUCAACAACAACCAAUUCAACAACAACCAAUUCAUCAACAACCAAUUCAACAACCAUCACCACCACUACAACAUCCAAAAAUUAUUUUCUGUAAAAAACCUGUUGUAAAAUCAAAUGGUCAAAAGAAGCAUACCAUUGAAAUAAGUGAUGAUUCUCAAGAUGAUGAUGAAGAUGUUGUUGAGAUUAGAAAUAAUAAUAAGAGACAAAGACUAAUCACUAUUCAAAUUAAUAUGAAUGAGUAA